UCAUCUGAAGAGCAAGCUGAAAUAACUCAUAAGGUCUCCGCAGAGCCCCGCCCUGAAAACCCUAGAACACGAAAUUUGCUCUGAAUCGACGAAGCAACGAUGGUGUGCAUAAGGAAGGCCACAGUAGAUGAUCUAUUGGCUAUGCAAGCCUGUAAUUUGUUCUGUCUUCCUGAGAAUUAUCAGAUGAAGUAUUAUCUCUACCACAUCCUCUCGUGGCCUCAGCUUCUCUACGUCGCCGAAGAUUACAACGGCAAAAUCGUCGGUUACGUUCUGGCCAAAAUGGAAGAAGAAACCAACGAGUGCCAUGGCCACAUCACCUCCCUCGCCGUACUUCGAACCCACCGCAAGCUCGGUUUGGCUACCAAGCUCAUGAACGCUGCUCAGAACGCUAUGGAGCAAGUCUUUGGAGCUGAGUAUGUUUCUCUUCACGUCAGGAAGAGUAAUCGGGCGGCCUUUAAUUUGUACACCGAGACUUUGGGGUAUAAGAUUCACGAUGUGGAAGCUAAGUAUUAUGCUGAUGGGGAGGAUGCUUAUGACAUGAGGAAGCAGCUGAAGGGUAAGCAACAUCAUCAUCAUGGCGGUGGUCAUCACCAUCACCACCACCACCACCACCACCACCAUCACCACGGCGGUGGCUGUUGUUCCGGUGAGGCAAAGGCGGAGAAGACAGAGACCAAGGGGAAUGCCAAAGGAGAUUCAAAAGGGAAUGCUAAAGCAACGUGAUCAUGAAAGCAGUUAAUGGUCUUAGAUAAGUUCAUCAUGAAAUAUUUGUGCGAUGGUUGGUGUUUUUGUCCAAUUUUCUGAAGCUGCUCAUUUUCCCUAUCGAUGAGAGCUGGGAUUAUGGUGGCAGUGGAUGUUAAUCUUUAUUGUCUUGAUGUACUGGGUCUAGACAAGUUAAACAUGUAAUAUUUGUGCCUUGGUUGGUAUUUUCUCCAAUUUUUCAAAAAGUUUCUCUUUGUCCCCAUUUGUGAGACGAUUGGGAUUAAAAUUAAUCUUUAUUUUCUAGAUUUAAGUUGUUGAAAUGAUGUUCUGCGCUGAAAGAUGAAUUAACAUUCCUGUGUUACAACUCAAAACCUCUAAUGGAAUUUCGGUCUUUAUGUA